AUGAAGGAGCCCAGUGUCGAGCCUCAGGUUGACUCACCUUCGGGGCCCCGGCGUACCAAGUGUUCCAAUGCUGGAAAAGGUGGAUCAGCCUCUCAGUUAAGGAAGGUUGGGGAUGCCGUAAUUGAUGCUCCGGCAAGACGCACUGGUAAGGGACAACAGUUUGUUAUACCUGAUGGAGAGCCAGAGAACAUCAUGGCACCAUCUCCAGUGAAAAAGAGAACUCACAAGAAGGGUAAUAAAGCAGCUGUACCGGCGGUUAGGACACCAGAUCAAUCUGAUGAUGCAGGUUCUGCACCUACUCUGCAUGUUGCAGAGAAUGGCAGAAGGUUCGGGUUACAGAAGAACCCCAUUCCUCCAGGUUACAUUGGUUUGCAGCCUUUGGGGUCGGAGGAGCAUCCUGGGCAUCCGAAAUCUUGUAUUCAGCAGGACAAGUUGCGCUCCCAGACUCACACGAAAGUUGCAGAAAGACCCACUAUUGAACUACCUGUCGUGUGUCUCCCUGCCGUCUGCGGGGGACAGCCUGCCAUCCCACGCCCAAAGCCAUCCAACCCACCUGUUCAAAAAAAGUCUUCAGGGGCAGGUCAAACUCUUCCAGACAGUGCUUCCUCCAUCUUGCAACCUGGUGCUAUCUUGGAAAAUGAAGAAUCCGACCAUUACAAUGAUAAGGAUAUGUCCGAGGUUGAUGAUGAGUUAAACAUGGUCAAUGACAACAAGUUCCCUCCAUGCAAUGACAAAACAUGUACCUCUCUGCCUGUUGAACUCUCACCCAACAAACACACGGACAAGAACAAGGAUAUCGGACACAUCUAG